AUGUUUGUUCAGUGGGCAACUCGAUGCUUGCCGGGCUUUAGUAUCCUCGCUCUGCUCGUUCUCCUGCUGAGUACAAGCGAUGCUAUGCCAGGGCCAUGGAGAGACCCGGCAAAGGACAAGUCUGACAGCCCUGAACUCAAUCUAGCGCAGAAAAUAUUCAUCUUGUACUCAAUCUUAGUACAUCUGAAUACCCUUCUCUUCACUGGCCGUCUCUCGUGGGCCUUGUCGUACGCCUUCGCCGAGACAUCCAAGGUGCUCAAACGGCGAGACCACUCGCUGAGCGGUGCUUGGAAACAAAGCGGCCCUCAUGAUGACCCAUUUUCAACGGCGUUGAACAAGAAAUCUCCUCGAGUUUCUGUUGCAGAGGUUGCAGAAGAAGUCACUCACGCCAUUAUCAUCCCCAACUAUAAUGAGGACAUCGACACUCUGCGAGAGACGCUCAACGUCCUCGCCCGCCAUCCACGAGCACGAUCACAGUAUGAGAUAUACCUGGCCAUGGAGCAAAAGGAGGUCUGCGCUGCCGAAAAGGCCGAGAAGCUGGUGUUCUCGUUCGAGAAGUCUUUCGCUCUCAUACAGCCGACCUUUCAUCCAACAGGACUUCCGUCUGAAAUAGCAGGGAAGAGCUCCAACGUCGCCUUCGCUGCACGCCAUAUUGCACAGAUCCACCAAGCAGAGCUCGAGGCAGGUACCUGCGACGUGAUCAUCACUGUCAUGGAUGCCGACACAAACCUCUGGCAAGACUACUUCACUGAGAUUCGACGCCUGCACUACGCCCAUCCCACCACGUCAAACCGCACCCUCUACUCUUGCCCCAUAAUCUUCGACCGCAAUUCCAAUGACAGCCCUAUUCUGGUCCGCUGCGCCGACCUUCUUUGGAGCUUUGCCGGGCUUUCGACCAUGUACCCCGGCUCAACAGUAUCGAUUCCAACGUCCGUAUAUUCGCUCCCACUCACUCUCGCAUCCACCGUUGGUGGCUGGGACAGCGAUCCCACCUCCAUCGGCGAGGAUAUGCAUAUGAUGCUCAAGUGCUAUUUCGAAACGAACGGCGACCUUGUCUCGCAGGUGGUUCACGCCCCGGCCAGCCAGUGCAAUGUCUCCAGCGAGAUCACCAGACCAGGACUGCGCCGGAAGCUGGAUACCUGUGUUGCGCGGUACCGGCAGGCAUUACGGCAUAUGUGGGGGGCUCUAGACACGGGGUUUGCGGCAAGAAACACCCUUCGCUCGGUAAAGUCUAGUGACUGGCGCUGUCUGCUUCUCAGACCAAGACAUCUUGGUCUCAUGCAUCUCCUCUGGGAAGCGCAUUUCCUUCCUUGUCACUUUACAAUCCUUCUACUCUUCUCCAUGAUCUAUGAGCAAAAGGCCCGGUAUACGGCACCGCAUAUGGCAACCGCGCUGCACCCCGCCAUAACAUUCACAUUCACACUUACAGCUUUUAUACGGGCGUUAUCGUUUAUCUGGAUGAAUAUCUGCAUCUCGCUAUAUAACAGAUGGUAUAAGCUUUGCUUGGAUACACGCAAACAAGACACUCAACUCAACAGUUUCAGUGUAAACACUGGACUUUCAGAAGGCUCAGGCUUCUCAGACCGCACACCCUGGUACCGCCUCACAUUCCUUCUUGAGCGAAUUGCCUUCCCAGUUGCAGGGACAGUAUUCGGAGCUGUCCCAACAAUUCAUGCCGUCUUUAUGCAUUUCCGGACAGACAGGCUGGUGUAUCGGGUUAGUAAGAAGCCAGCCUUUGUGGUGGCGGUCUGA